AUGCCAUCCUUCGACCAGCUCGCCGAUGCUCCUAAGAAGGGCAAGAUUAUCAAGUCAGCCUAUGAUAGCGAGAGUUUCGAGUCUGACGGCACCAUCCACGUCGAUGGUCUAGUUGGUUCAGCCACCAUCUCUCCUGCUGGACGAGAUGUCGCAUUGGCUUCGCCUGACGGGCUAGCAAUUAUAGACCUUGACUCGCCGUAUAGCCCUCCUCGAAGAUUGAGGACUCAUGGUCUUCCCUGGCUCGUCGUGGAUGUUCAAUGGUCUCCCUUUGCUGCUCGUGAUUACUGGAUUGUCUCGGCCGCCAACCAUCGAGCCCUCGUAUGGAAUCUGAACCGUAGGGAAGACUCCAGCUCGGGUGCGAUUGAGCAUUCAUUGCAAGGUCAUAGCCGUGCCAUCACCGAUGUCAACUGGUCUGCUCACCACCCUGAUCUCUUGUCAACUUGCUCUGUAGAUGGGUACAUUCACGCAUGGGAUCUUCGAAGGCCGCGCCAGCCCGUUCUGACUUUUUGCGAUUGGACCGCCGGUGCAUCACAAGUCAAAUACAACCGCCAAGCAUCUCACAUACUUGCUUCUGCCCAUGACCGGUGGCUGCACAUUUGGGACGAACGCCGCUCUUCCGAGCCUCUUAAAUCCAUCAAGGCUCAUAAAUCCAAGAUAUACGGUCUGGAUUGGAACCGCUCAGAUCCCAAAUCCAUUGUUUCUUGUUCCAUCGACAAGAGGAUCAACUUUUGGGAUUAUACCGCAGAGGAACCCCUGCAGCACACCAUCGAAACUGGCUUUCCGGUAUGGAGAGCUCGUCACACCCCCUUCGGGCACGGUCUUUUGGCCAUACCUCAGAACGAACCAGGUGAUCUCUAUCUUUACGACACUCGUUUCGAUCCAGCUUCGAAAUUGACAACUCAGCCAAUUGAUGUUUGGCCUGGGCAUGGGGACCACAAAGCAAAGGAGUUCCUGUGGAGAUGCCGUGGCGGCAUAACCGAUGAUGGAAAAGAUAACCGUGAAUUCCAGCUCGUCUCCUGGGGCACAGAUAACGAACUCAAGCUACAAUGUAUCGAACCCAAGACUUUUGCUGCUAUCGGACACAAGCGCGGGAUACCGGCGGAUCCGGCCAUCAGCCUUACACGAAAAGGUGCUACAUAUAAGACUUUCCGGACAGUGGACGAGACAACAGACCGUGAUCGAAAAUCUGCCACCAUGAGCGACCACCGCCCUGGUACCAAUUAUCACAAACAAAGUGCCCUGACCCUGGGCAUGCGAUCGGGGACUACUCAGAGCCAUCGUGCGUCAAUGGCAUGGCGUGGUCCUUCAAUGAAGGCCAAGGUUUCAGGAAAAGCCGUCGACCGUAACCAAUCACAGAUAGGAUGGAUGAAAGGAAUUGCUAUGACCAAGAGAAAGGCUUCAACAAGCGCCAAACGACAUUUGUCUAAAGACUCGGGUAUUUUUGGCCAUGGAUAUCCGGAUGACGAGUGGGCUGAACCCGAUACCAUCCAAGAAGAACUUUUGCGCAUUAGCCAUCAGCUCCCUAAAGUAAAGUGGGAUAAUAUCAACAUGGACAACAUGACCUUAAACGCCUCAUUGAAUGGACCUUGGGGUGCUGAUGGAGAUACCAUCUUUAUAAAGGUUCGCAUCGAUAUUCCAGUUGGUUACCCCAAGACCAAGGCACCAAAGUUCCUCGUUGAAAAGUCGUCUUUCAUGCCUGCAGAAACUCACAAGAAGAUUGAUCGCGAAAUUCAUCAGCUCGCGGGCCAGUUCUUACAAAGAAAACAGAACUGUCUUGAGGUUGCAUUUACAUAUCUCCUAGGCGAGGUUGAUCUUGAAAGCAGUACUACCUUUUUCAAAAACGUUCGGGACCUUGAUGAUGAGCUAGAUGGUUUGGCUGAUGAGAGCUCGAGCGAGUCCGACGAAGACAUACCCGCAGGCGGUUCAGCAUCCAUGUCUCAAGAACUCCCGCCGCACAAUGAGCUUGAUACUGCACUUGCGCCUCCAAACAGGACUAUCGUACCCCCGCCACCUAGAACGUGCGGUGCGAGAUUCUCACAUAAUGGACGGCUAGUCUGCUUCUUCCCCUCGAAGGAGGAAAAGGCAAGAGCUUUGUUCACAACGACAAUGGAUGCUUAUAGGGAGCGACCAAAGGGGGAACCCUUUUUUGCUGGUUUUGGUAGAAUCGCACAUGAUCUUAGUCCCCGUCAGCGAUUUAUGGCAGAAGACACCUCUGCGUCCAGUGGUGAUUCUGACUCUUCUGCCUCAGGCUCAUCCUCGUCUUCGUCAUCCUCGAGCGAUUCAGAAUCUACUUCAAUGCACAAGAUAAGUCUUUGGUACCAUCCAAGCCGUCAGUUUAGGAAGACAUGGAGCGAGGAUCGAUCCAUACGGUCCAGUGGUGGUGGGACAGGAGUCGGUACUGGUACCGGUACCGGAACAAGCCGUCGCCGGCCUGGUAGGCCAAAGAACCUCAUUUCGAUACAUGACUUCCGUUCUCUUCUUCCCUCAAAGGAAGAGUUCGCGCGUGAGUAUGCGAUAUUUGGUGAUGGCGCUGAAGUUUGUGAGCACAAUGCGAAGGUCGCCGAGAAGUACAAUGCUCGUGAUCUAGUUGACGUCUGGCGAUAUCUUGCGCUGUUGCUGAAAAAGGGCGUACCGCUUGAGUUUCUUGCUCAUAACCAGAGGCGUGACUCUAUCUUGGUGAUUGCUCACGACGUAGUCUCAAGGUGCAAUGCCAAUACCUCUCCCCUCGAUUCAUUCUGGGAUAGGCAUGAAGGUACCUUGUCCGGCCGAGUAAAAUGGGGCAGGCAUCCUUUGGCUCGCGAUUUCAUUAUGGACUUAUUUGCAUACUUUGAAAGUAUUGCAGACAUCCAGAUGCUAGCAAUGCUAUCAUGCAUAUUCAGCGAGUCGUCCGCUGCAGACAGUGUGGCAUAUUUUGAGUCGCAUCUGCCUCAGCCCGAGACUCCACUUCCUAUGAAAGCGCCAGCAUUCUCGCUGGACUACUUUCCAACAGACGCAUCGCUCUGGAACAUUGGAGGUCGCAGUUAUACAAACUCAGCCAUCACCACACCAAUGACUGUACAUACACCUGUCCACUAUGCAGGAUCACAAGCAUCUGACGAUGGGAUGUGGGCUGGAGACGCAACAUCAAACUCGUACUCUUGCGGCGAAACACCACCAAACAGAUUCAAAGGAUAUCUCGGAGAUGUUGAGGCGCCACCCAGCGUGUCCACAUCUCCAAAUACACGUUUCCUAAACCGAGCAAACUCUGGUCUGGCAACGGCUUUCGCUGCUAAUCUACCACGUUCAUUUGCAGGAGUAAGCUCGUCUUCUCCUCCUAAUCACGGAAGAAAGAAGCCAAGCCCUGCUGAAACAUAUCUCAGUAGUCUAGCUCCAGGCAAUGUCACAUGGAGCGCUUCUACUGCGAUGGACUCUAACGGUGGUAGAGUGUCGUUGGAUGAUGAUGAGUUUCGUAAGGAUGACUUUCUGCCCCUCGUUCCUACAAAGAUCUCGGUCACGAUGGAGGAUCAAACUGCGUUUGACGACGAUGGCUGGUUAAACAUACCAUUGCUUGAGUCAAGCCAGGCAGAUGUUCAUGCUCGCUAUCGAUACACGUACGCCGAGAUGCUACAAAUGUGGAAUCAACCGCUUGCUAGACUUGAAAUCAUGAAGUUCAACUCACUCAAGGAGGACAUGAGUAGUGGACAUAGCGAUGACAACUUUCAUGAUCCAGUCACCGGACACGAUGGCACACAUGGCAAGAGCCAUGGUCAUCACGCCAAUUCCUCUCCUAUUGCUAUGGGUAAGAAGGACCAGCUUCAAGCCUUGCUCGCAUCGGGUCGUGGUCUGGAUGUCACAGGCAUGUGUCGUAUACAUGAAAUUCAGCUGGAGCCUCUUAGGUACACGUCCAGCGACCCCAAGGUCGGUGGCGCUGUUGGCACAUGUGAUCGUUGCCAUCAGACCCAGAGUCAACUCACAUGCGUAUAUUGCCUCGAGCCUGUCGAUGCGCUGUUCCCCCCUUGCCUAGCCUGCGGCUGUGCCAGCCAUGAGGCAUGUCUAGCAGAGUGGCAUGCAGCCGGCGAGACGCAAUGCCCUGCUGGCGAUGAAUGCAACUGUGUGGAAGAGGCAGCGGACGGCCAAGUUGAAUCAUGGGCAGCACUUCAGGGGGCUAUGCUCAAAGGACAGAGACAGUUGAUGAUGCUACCUGGACCAGCCAUGGAAGAUAGUGAUGAUGAUGGAAAGGUUUCUCGCGAAUGGGAAAGGGUCGAGCCUGUGAUUCCUUCGCGAAUGCAGGGGUUUUCUGCCGCCAGUAUUAGCCUUGGCAAUAGAUUGAGGAAGUCGGCUGGAGAGUGGUCAAGAGCUUCAAGUUUGAGGCGAGGUGAUCGCAGGAACAUAAUGUAA